UCGAAGCUUCUGGAGACCAAACAAGCAUAUAGAGAGCAGGAUCCAUCAUCCGUCAAUUUUGACUAGUCAGUUCAGUCAUGUGCACAUAGAAGAGUGGUGCAUUGAAUUGGAUGUUUGAAGAGGAAAGGCGUAAGAGUGAGAUCCGCAGAGCAGAGCAGUCCUAUGGAGGGUGGAGGAGGAGGCGGAGCAGUGUCGGAUAAACCAGAAGGAGGAGCGUCCUACACUUAUUGGGUGAGGGACGUUAGGGAGGAUGCGGCACCGCUCCCGGUUCCUCGCAAGCUCACCCCCGACGAUAUUCUCAACUCUCAGCCCGCCACCCUCGGCUCCGUUUGGAAUUCGGCUGGAACUUGGGAGGAGAAAAACCUUAAUAAGUGGGCAGCUGAUAGAAUCAAGGAGUUACUUGUAUCGGCGGGGUCCUUGGAGUUCCCUGGUGGCAAAGCACAGAUAUCAGAUGUGUCGAAAUGCCAGUAG